GUUUCUUUAAUUAACUGUAUAAUUCAAAUUGAAAACCACAGAUACAUCCGCAGCUCUCGCUGUCCAGAUCACCUGCUAACCCAGUGGUUCUGGUGGUGCUGGCCGUGCUGCGCCUGUCUCUGUUUGGUGCGUAAAAGAGACCUGUGGUUCGAGGCAGCACCGGCAGGCUCCACACACUUUGACAGAAGGAAGCAAGACGGCGAGUGAGAGUGAGUUCGGGAAGAAAGAGAGUGUGGGAGGGUGGGAGAGCCCUCCCCCCGCCAAAUGUCUCGAUGGAUCCACUCCUUCAUAACCCCACUCUUCUGCAGCUUUGCGCAGAUGGCCAAAGUGUCCAAACCGGACUGUGAAUGUGCUCACACGCGGCCACAGGAUGACAACAUGAGAGCAGAUUAGUCAUUUAACUCUUCACCCUCUGCUUUGUUUUACUGAGUGUAACAGUGAAAGUCAAAGUAGUGAAACACCCAGCGCAGGAGCACUUGGCUACAUGUGAAUGUCUGCCGGUCUCCCAGCGCACUGCGCUGGUGAUGCCAUGCCGCGAAGUCACACCGGCGACGAGAGCAGCGGCACCGGACUCUGGCUCAAGACCUCGACAGGACGCCGGGUGCAGGACUACGCGCUGAAAGAUGUGGAGUCUGGGCGGAGGACGAUGAAUAACGCGGUGCGGGUCGGGGACGGUCUCCUGUCUCCCGCCACGGCAGGUGCGGUGGGGUCGGAGAGGAAGCAGGGUGCCCGGCUCAGCCUGCUGGGGAAGCCGCUGACCUACAGCGCGCAGAGCGGCCGCAGGAACGCGCGGUACCGGCGGCUCCAGAAUUACCUCUACAACGUGUUGGAGAGACCGAGGGAAUGGGCUUUCGUCUACCACGCUUUUGUGUUCAUCCUGGUGUUCGGAUGUCUGGUUCUCUCAGUAUUUUCUACAAUCCCUGCUCACCAGGAAUUCUCUGCACACUGCCUGCUCAUCCUGGAGUUUGUGAUGAUUGUAGUGUUUGGUCUGGAGUACAUCAUCAGGAUAUGGAGUGCUGGCUGCUGCUGUCGCUACCGAGGCUGGCAGGGACGCCUCCGCUUCGCCAGGAAACCGUUCUGUGUCAUAGACAUCAUCGUACUCAUCGCCUCGGUUGCCGUGGUUUCAGCCGGUAGCCAGGGUAACAUCUUUGCCACCUCUGCGCUGCGUAGCCUCCGUUUCCUGCAGAUCCUGCGCAUGGUGCGCAUGGACCGCAGGGGAGGGACCUGGAAGCUGCUGGGAUCUGUAGUGUAUGCACAUAGCAAGGAGCUGGUAACUGCAUGGUACAUUGGGUUCCUGGUGCUAAUCUUCUCCUCCUUCUUGGUUUAUCUGGUGGAGAAAGAAUUCAAUAAGGACUUCGCCACCUACGCCGACGCUCUGUGGUGGGGCACGAUCACCCUGACAACUAUUGGCUACGGCGACAAGACUCCGCAGACGUGGACAGGACGGUUAUUAUCGGCCGGUUUUGCUCUGCUGGGGAUCUCCUUCUUCGCUCUGCCAGCUGGCAUCCUCGGGUCAGGUUUUGCCCUGAAGGUGCAGGAGCAGCAUCGACAGAAGCACUUUGAAAAGAGGAGGAACCCAGCUGCGAGCCUCAUCCAGUGUGUCUGGCGUAGUUAUGCUGCUGAUGAGAACUCGGUUUCCAUUGCUACCUGGAAGCCUCAUUUGAAGGCGUUGCAUACCUGCAGCCCCGCCAAGAAAGAGCAGGGCGAGACUACUUACAGUCAGAAGUUGAGUUUUAAGGAUCGGGUCCGGAUGGCGAGCCCCCGUGGUCAGAGCAUGAAGAGCAGGCAGACGUCCAUCAACGACCGCCAACGCUCUUCCCCUGGCAACGAGGUGGUAGGAGGCCCCGAGCUGAUGGGAGGGAGCCCGGCCAAAGUGCAGAAAAGCUGGAGCUUCAACGAUCGGACACGGUUCAGGCCAUCGCUGAGGCUGAAGAGCCAGACUCGCACUCCUGUCCCAGAUGUGGACACAGGCAUGACCACGGAGGAUUCCUUUGAUGAGAGAGGCUGCCAUUGUGAUGUUACAGUGGAGGAUCUAUCAGCUCCCCUCAAGGCUGUCAUCAGAGCUGUCAGGAUCAUGAAGUUCCAUGUGGCAAAAAAGAAGUUUAAGGAGACAUUGCGUCCGUACGAUGUGAAGGACGUCAUAGAGCAGUACUCUGCAGGACACCUUGACAUGCUCUGUCGCAUCAAGAGCCUUCAGACGAGACUAGACACUGUAGUGGGUCCCCCUCCGAGGCCAUUCAGCAGCCGCCACAAGACCUUUUCUUCUCCCUCCCUGCAUUUAUAUUACAGCCAGGCCCGGAGGAAACAGUCUGCACCGGGGGUGGAUCAGAUUCUGGGAAAAGGCCAGAUCCCUGUGGAUAAGAAGAUGAGGGACAAACUGCAUCCAGAUGGAGACUCUCUGGAGGGCAUGAGCAUGCUGGGACGUGUGUGUAAGGUGGAGAGACAGGUAACUUCCAUUGAAUCAAAGUUGGACUCUUUGCUGGACGUUUACCGCCAAGUGCUACAGAAAGGCCCCACAGCACUCACCCUCUCCUCCUUGCCCCUGUUUGAGCUGGACAACCACCACAACUCGGACUACCAGUCCUCCAUCAUCGGCAGGGAUCUUCCCUCUCCUCAGGGAGGUGAUCCAGGUGGAGGCGGAGGAGAUAACAAUGGGGGAAUCGGCCGUUCUCUCUGCUCCAACCCGAGAGGCCUGCGGCUUAUCCUGGCACCUGCUGAUGAUGACUGCCCCCCUGACUCAGCACCUCCAUCUUACCCCCCGUCCACAGCCUCGCUCUCCCCAUCACCCCUGCUGCCGCCUGAUAGCCCCUACCCGACCUUGGUCACCCCCAACGGUACCUCCAAAAGAGCACACUUCCCUGACCUGCCACCUCCACCUCCUUCAACAGGAGGUUUCACCCUCCGCCUGCCCCCAACGUUGCAUCCCUCCCACCUGCGGUGCUCCGCUGACCCCGUCCCAGAUGAAAUGACAGAUGAAGUCUCGGUAGAUGAGGGGAGCCUGGGCCCCUCUGUUGUUGUGGGAUCCAGUGUAGAUGCUGACCAGGAAGGGGACAGUGAGGCAACCCCUGCACAGGGAGGGGUGCAGCUACGGGAGAAGUCUGGUUUGAAAUCUGAGGGGGUCUGGAGGAGGCACAUGAGCCUGGAGGUUAACCCCCUGCUGCUGCUCUCGUCUAGCCCGGACGAGAGGCCUUCAGACUGGGGAGGCAGUCUCGGGAAAUCCCUCUCCGUGCACAAUCUCAGCCAGCCUUUGACCAACCGUGCCCCCGGUCUCUCCUCUGCGCUCAACAACAGCAGCAGCAACGGUAGCAAACGUGGCAACGCCCACGGUGACCUUAGCAACUGGGACGGAACAGAACUCUUCAUUAGUGAGUGCAAGCUAGAGCCAGCAGAAGAACAUUUCGACUACCUGUCCCAGGGACCCGACAGCAGCCCCUCAGACCUUUUACAGACUGUGGAGGAGGCUGCACCACACCCCGACUUUCUCAGUCAGUCCCCACAUAUACAGCUGGCAUAACCACAUUAACACACACACACCUGCAUACUGUAUGUACACGACAUUGUUGGGGAAUACUUUUAAAGUAUUUUUACAGGACACUAUACAGAUUAUGUUUCAAAUGUCCAAACAAUGCCUUGUAUAUGGACAUACAAUAUUUUUAUAUUUUGUCUAACAUGAUUAUUCCCACUUUCAUAAAGAUUUUAUGAGUUAUUUGCUUUUUACAGGGUACUGAAAUCACCAUAAAGAAUAGUAAUGGAGGUAUAAGAUAUGUAUGAAAGUGGGCAUAGUCAUCUAAGACAAAAUACACAAAUAAUGUUCCUUUAAGAGAAAUCACUCUGGUCUUUACUAAAGAUAUUCAGAAAUUUUAUUAACUUUAUACAAAAAAAAGGUUUUUCAUAUACAAGAUCAUAUAUUAAUAAAAAAGGAUGUUAAUAACCUUUAAUUUUGUUUAAAAUAAAGAACAAGGAAGGAAUGUUAACUGAUUUCUGAGCCUGCAGUCUGACACCUGCCUACUAGGAAUUAAAGUGUAGAGGCAAAAUAAUUUGGUUCACCACAACAGUAAGUGUCUGUGAGUAAUGUUAGCUUUCUUGUCCAUGCAAUUUCCAUCAGUCUGAACUGAAACCCAAACCAAAGAACCUAGUUUGGGCUCAUCACUGAAACAAGCAGGAGUGUUUGUCGUAGAAAGUAAAGCAUACUUUAAUCUGCCUUGUGGCAACCUUGACAAUUAAAUGAGUGAAUAAAACCAGAAGGAAAUACUGUAUGUCUCACAGCUAAAAGUCCAGAGUAGAGUUGAACCUCACAGAAGCCACUGGAAACUAUAGGUCAACCACUUCUUUCUUAACAUGCGGUGAAACCACUACACACACAGGUACAUGCACACACAUACAACCACAACCACAACCACAGGAUACUCCAGCCAACUUGACGAAGAGCUGUGACUGACUAAUGACUUUAUUUUUCAUACAAGUGCUUGUAUUCAGAGACUUUGUUGGAAGACAAGAGGAGUCACUCGCUCUUCUUACUCAGCGUCUGUCUUUGGCAAUGUAAAAUGUCAUCUUUUACUUACGCUUUCAUACAUAUCACUGCAUGGACUGUUUCCAAAAACAAAUGAAUGAAAGGAGAAUAAUGGGUGAGGCCUGGUGUGGUGGGAAUAGCUGGAUUACAAAAGAGGGCCAAAGGUUGAACCCUCCGCAUGUAUUCAGACCACAAGCAUCACAUUCUGUUCAUUUUCUACAACCACAGAAACAUUAGUCAAUGUUUAUGCGGUUGCUCAGUUUCAUCUGUCAGCAAGUUGUCAGUGAAUUUGGAUGCAGCAAACCUUUUGGGGAAAAAUGGCCUAUCAGCGAUCACUCAAGAUGAAGGGCUGCUGGACCAUGUCCCAUUUGGUUUGGACAGUAGCCUGGUGAGUUAGUUGCUUACGGUCUGGAUGCUGAAAUGCCGCAGGCUUAUCGAGUGGGCUCUCUCAGCCAAGCAUGACAUGCUGCAUGUCUCAACUGUUGCAGUACCUACAGUGAAGAGCAGUCACACACUUGCUGGUGGCCUGGAUGUCCCUCUGCAUGUUAAAAAAAUGUUUCCUCCAAAAUCUUGAAUGAAAAAGUUCGAGCAAAGUCUGCCUAUAUGAACAUUAUUAUAUACUAAUUUGAACUAAUUUGAAAGUAGUCAUAUAGAUAACCCACUUCCUAUUACAAUUUAGAACAAACAUACAACCUUUAAAGGUCUUUAGAUUUUUUUUUUGACAAACCCUGUCUUUUUACUGGGUGCUGGUUGCACCAUGUGCAUUAAUAAUGAUGCUGGACUGAGCAUAUUCCCUCCUCCUAGUCUAAAGCAACAUGAGAUGUAGUGUGUUGUUACAGGGCAACAUGUACAUAUGUUAUUUUGCACCCAUGAAAACAACAUACAGCACAUGCACUGUUGUUGAUCCAGUAUGCAUGUUGCUACUUUAUCCAUGUGUCCGUUCUGCUGCUGACGAUGUCAGAAAAAUUUGAUAUAUUCACUUAAAAAACAGGAGCGAGAGGGAGUGAGAUGAGAAAACCGUGCCCUGUAAUCUCAAUAUAAAAUCCUAAUAGAUAUUUUCUGUGCACUCAGCUGGUGCUCUGAUCCAGAGCAAUGUGCUUAUAAGAAAACCUUGGCAGUAGACUAACUGGACGAGCCAGGAUCUCAGAUUAAAAUGUGGUUUUUGUGUUAACCUCUUUUACAUCUUCUGCUGCACCCCAAAAAAAACAUAUUUCCCAGGAUAUUAAAUAUGCACACGUCCUCCUCACCACAUCAAACAUGAUUAUAAUAUUUAACCAUGUAGGGUCAUUGUAAUAAGCUUUAAAAUCGAGUGCACACAUUUGUAUUUUAGUGCAUUCAGUCCUUGUUCAGAUUUCACUAGCAGGCGUAUGGGAAAAUGGUGUGCUGCAAGUUCCUUGAAUGACACUGUCCUUACACUACACUUGAUAGUUUUCACUGCCAUCCUGCUUGUUGACUGUUCUUGAGUGAGAAUUAUGCACAAAAAUACGUCAGCCAUCUUAAUGUUAUGUCAGCCAUUUUGAUUUGUUGUUGCAUGUUUACGUCUUAAAGGGGUACGCCGUCACAGCAGUCUUAAAAAUGUAUUUUAACGUGUUAACAACAACCUUUAUUCAUCAUUGUUUUUCAGUUAUAUUCCCUUUGUUUUGAAUGGUAAGUGCAAAUUUACUUAGCAAAUAAAUUAACACUCUGUAGAAGAACAUAACAAGUAUUAUCUCCUAACAAAUGACAAUUGUAAACACAUGUAGAUUGAUUUUGAAAUAUUAUACAGCCCAUGCAGGAGUUGAUGAGAUAUAUGAUCAACGUGAAAGCACAUUUGUUUUUUGGUGAGUUUGAGGAGCCUGAAAAUGUGACAUGGUAGUUUAAUGCUUAAUAUUGGAAUAGAUUUGUUGUAGUUGUUGAUUGAGUUUUGAUACAUAUGAAAAGAGGCCAACCAAAACUGUCAGUUACUGUGGAGCGAGAUGUCGGACACAAGGAAAGCUCAAGGACUCAGCCAGUCGGGGGAUGGGAUGGAUUAUCUCCCACAUAAAACAUGCUCAUUUUUGCAAUCUGUAAAUUGCUUAAGGGUGCCUUUCUUGCAUAUGAAAAGUCUUCAUUUUUUUCUUUGCAGGGCUACAAAGGUCCUGUUUGCCUAUAGCCUAUAUCAUACUGUAUAGUUGAAGUCAAACUGCUCAUUUUGAGUUGGGCAUCCAGUUCACUUAAGUCAUGUAGCUUUAGCCACAGACUUUAUACGGCUUUGAUGGAUAAUAAUACCAUUUCUCUACUGCUUGAACAGUAAUUUAUUACACAACUGGGCCUUAAAGCUUGACAAUGUUAACAUUAUUAUUUCUUUGAAAUUAAUUUAUUAAAGUGCACAUUAUGUUCUCUGGAUGAGAAAUGCAAAAAUAAUUUUAUUAUUCAUUAAUAAA